AUGGGCGAGCCCCUAGCCGAAGUGCGCACCUUCUUGAGCCAGCACCCGAAUCUGCGGCUCGAGCCUGGCGACACUAAGGUGACGUGUACUCUGACGGGCCACGAGCUGCCCUGCCGCCUGUCUGAGCUCCAGGUCUACACCCGCGGCAAGAAGUAUCAGCGGCUGGUGCGAGCAGUUCCCGCCUUCGACUAUGCGGAGUUCGAGCCCCAUAUCGUUCCCAGCACGAAGAAUCCGCACCAGUUGUUCUGUAGACUCACCCUGCGGCACAUCAACAAGUGUCCAGAGCACGUGCUGAGACACACCCAGGGUCGCCGCUUCCAGAGGGCACUGCACAAGUAUGAGGAGUGUCAGAAGCAAGGGGUGGAGUAUGUCCCAGCCUGUCUGCUGCAUAGGAGGCAACGUCAGAAAGACCAGACAGAUGGUGGCAGGCUGCCUGGCAGAAUGGGAGACUUCUGGGAACCUGCAUCCAGUGAUGAGGGAGGAGCCCAGAGUGACGACAGCAUGACAGAUCUAUACCCACCCAAGCUAUUUACCAGAAAGGACAUUGGAGGGACCGAGAACGGGGGCAGGACUGACUACUGUUGGAUGGAUAAUGAGGAUGACAUGCCACAGCCUAAGAGAGAGAAUAAUUCUGGAAGCAGAAGAGAGGGGAUGGACAUUAGUCAGGCAGUGGUCCAGAAGCACAGGAAGAAGCAGCUGGGCUCACUGAAGAAGAAGGUGAAAAGUCACCACUGCAGACCUAAGAGCUUCAAUUCUAAGAAACAGUCGGACUAG